AUGGAAGGCAAGGAAGAAGAUGUUAGAGUCGGAGCUAACAAAUUUCCGGAGAGACAACCGAUCGGAACAUCGGCUCAGAGCGACAAGGACUACAAGGAGCCACCGCCUGCGCCGUUGUUCGAGCCCGGCGAGCUUGCCUCGUGGUCCUUCUGGAGAGCCGGAAUCGCCGAGUUCAUCGCGACGUUCCUGUUCCUAUACAUCACUGUUUUGACCGUUAUGGGUGUGAAGAGGUCACCGAACAUGUGUGCUUCCGUCGGAAUCCAAGGGAUCGCUUGGGCUUUCGGCGGUAUGAUCUUCGCUCUCGUCUACUGCACCGCUGGUAUCUCCGGUGGACACAUCAACCCGGCGGUCACGUUCGGUCUGUUCUUAGCCCGGAAGCUUUCGCUCACACGAGCUGUGUACUACAUAGUGAUGCAGUGCUUAGGAGCUAUCUGUGGAGCCGGUGUGGUCAAAGGGUUCCAACCAAAGCAAUACCAAGCUCUAGGAGGUGGAGCCAACACCGUAGCUCAUGGCUACACCAAAGGAAGUGGUCUCGGAGCUGAGAUUAUUGGAACCUUUGUCCUCGUUUACACCGUCUUCUCCGCCACUGACGCCAAGAGAAACGCUCGUGACUCUCAUGUCCCCAUUCUUGCGCCGCUCCCUAUCGGAUUCGCCGUGUUCUUGGUCCACUUAGCAACCAUCCCCAUCACUGGAACUGGAAUCAACCCAGCAAGAAGUCUUGGAGCUGCAAUCAUCUUCAACAAGGACAACGCCUGGGACGACCAUUGGGUCUUUUGGGUUGGACCAUUCAUCGGUGCCGCACUUGCUGCUCUUUACCACGUGAUAGUCAUCAGAGCCAUCCCAUUCAAGUCCAGAAGCUGA